AUGUUGGGAACUCAGACCAAAGUCAUUGCCAAAAGACAGUUGACCGAGUCCUGGGUUUUGGGUAGUCAGCGCACCAAGUGGUUUCAGGCUCUGCUUGCUGGCCACGUGGCGGUUGGCUCUGGGGUUUUUAGGAUAUGUAAUUCCUACCUAGGGACACCAAUUGAUAAGGCCAACCCCUGUUUUGCAGUGUGUCAGGAGGCAGUCUGGGAAGCCUACCGGAUCUUUCUGGAUCGCAUCCCCGAUCCAGGGGAAUACCAGAAUUGGGUCGACCUCUGCCAGCAGGAGACCUUCUGCCUCUUUGACAUUGGGAAAAAUUUCAGCAGCUCCCAGGAGCACCUGAAUCUUCUCAAGCAGAGAAUAAAACAUAGAAGCUUCUCAGAGAGAAAAGACGAAAUAUCUACAGAGGAGACAUUGGGAAAGUCUGAUGAAACCCCGUUAUUUUCAACAGAUGUUGCCUCACUUGCACCCCUCCUUCCCUCUCCUGUUGAUACACACCUCAACGAGAUCCUCAACCAUACCCUCAAAGAGACCAAGAAGCCUCCAACUGAAAGAGAAACAUGGAGACAUAAUGUCUCCAAGGACCUACUCGAGAAAGUGGAGUUUAGCAUCUCUCUGGCAAACCAGAAGUUCAAGGCAGAGCUCUCUGACUCCCAGUCCCCAUACUACCAGGAGGUAGCAGUCAAGUCACAACUUCAGAUGCAAAAGGCAUUUAAGAAACUUCCAGGAUUCAAAGAAAUCCAUGUGUUGGGAUUUAGACCAAAGAAAGAAAGAGAUGGUUCAAGCUCCACUCAGAUACAACUCAUGGCCAUCUUUAAGAAAGACAGCACAGAGGCCAAAAGCCCUGCAAGUCAUUUCCAGUCUAUCGAUUCUAACACACUUGAAAGUGGAAUCCAUCAUGGAACCAAAGAAGAGCACAAGCAACCAGAAAUCUCUCUCACAGCUACAAACCUUCAAGUUCUCAUCAGCAGGGUCCUAGAGGAAGACCAGUCCUUGGAUGUGAGGACAAUCCAGUUCACUGAUGAAGCUGUUGAGUCACUACCAAACCUUGAUCCUGACACCGAAUUAGGGCUGCCAACAUCCCUUACUGAUGUCACCACGGAUGCUACCUUGAGCCCAGAACUUUCUCUUGGUGUACCUGUGCUGGAGACAAUGGAUAGAACAGAGCAUGGUCUAUCUGAAGUCUCCAUAGACAGUUCUUGGUCUUCACCUGCUAUGGCAUCUGCCUCCCUGUCAGAAACUCCAUUCUUUACAACCCCGAGUAUCUUCUCUCUGGCUGAUGAAAGCACCACAGAGCUAAUGUCUAUUGACCAGACAUUACUAGUCCCCACCAGUGAAUAUUCUGCCAUUAGUCAAGUGACUCUCGGAAUUUCAUAUUCACCUGUAUCUUCAGAUGACAGCAGAUUGAGUAUGGACAGCCAAGCCACAACCAGAGACCUAGAUGUAACAGCUCUGUCAAACACUCCUGCCUUCUCUGAGGACCCAGGACUUAAUGGAUCCGUUUCUACCCUGGAUCAUUUCUUAGAGAAUCCCACAUCUGCCCCAGCUUUACAGUAUGUCACCACUAGCUCCAUGACCACUGCUACUAGAGGCCAGGAGCUGGUAGUAUUCUUCAGCUUGCGUGUGGCUAACAUGCCCUUCUCCAAUGACCUGUUCAACAAGAGCUCACUGGAGUACCAAACUCUGGAGCAACGAUUCACACAGCUGCUGGUACCCUAUCUCCAGGCAAAUCUUACAGGAUUUAAGCAACUCGAAAUACUUAACUUCAGAAAUGGGAGUGUGAUUGUGAACAGCAGAAUGAGGUUUGCCAAGUCAGUGCCGUACAACCUCACCAAGGCAGUGCACAGAAUCCUGGAGGACUUCCGCUCCACAGCCGCCCAACAACUUGACCUGGAGAUAGAUGACUACUCCCUCAAUGUCGAGCCAGCUGAUCAAGCAGAUCCCUGCAAAUUCCUGGCCUGUGGUGAAUUUGCUCAGUGUGUAAAGAAUGAGUGGACCGACGAGGUGGAAUGUCACUGUAAACCAGGGCACCCAAGUCAGGGCGAUGUGGCUCGCAGCAACUCAGGCCUCUGUGCCCCCGGAGGGGAAUGUGACGUCGUCCAGGGCAAAGGAGUGCCAUGCAGAUUGCCAGAUCGCUCUAAAAAUGAGGAAGAUAACAGUGCUAAAAACUUCCAACAUCAGCUGAAUAACAAGGUAACCAGGAAAAGAAAGUCUGAAUCUCCUACUGUGGGAAAUGAAGAAUUUAACCAUCCAGAUUGGCAAAGAAAUUAAAAACAGAAAACAUGAAUGUUAUCAUGUAGGCUAUCUCGAGAGGUGAUUUGCAUAACCUGUGACCUCUCCAUCAAUACUCUGAAACCAGAGGCAGACAUAUCCUUUAAUCAUCAGAACUGACGCCUACAGUCAACAUUAAAGGCCAGCACAUACUGCAUUUCAAGUGCAGAAGAGUCAUGUACUUACUAAGUUCUGAAGAAAAGCUAUUAAAAUUCAAAAUGUAAUCGCUGACAUAUUUUGACUAUCCUUGGGUAACAGUUGAGGGAAUAGCAAAUAGGUUUGCUUAAGGUAUUCUUAAAAUAGUACACAUAGAUUGUUUGCAGCAAGCCCAAUUUAUAUCUUAGAGACUGAACAGUGUAUCAGGAAGCAAACUAUUAUGUUAGAAGGUGUUCUAAAGAUAAUUAUUCACACAAGGAGAUAAAAGUCUCAGGAAAUAAAUGAAUAUAUAAUAUGUAAGCACUGUGGUGAAUGACUGC